UCCUCCUUCCAUUCGACUUGACAUGGCGUCGCCAACGAUAGGCAGCACGGUACACUAGCGACUCUAUUCGUGUCGGUGGAACGUGGAGUCUGCCGGAUUUGCUUUUUUGUGUGUGAAUUAACAGCAGCUUCCCUCCCUCCGUCAGUGUGAUUUGUAAAAGUUCCAUUUACCACCUUCGGCUUGGUCCCUUUCACGUUGCCAUGAACGGGAAGUCGGCCAACGGCUCGGCAGGGGGAAUGGCGUGCAUCGACGGGCUGCCGCCGCUGCCCAAGAGCCUUAGCGGCUUGCUCAACUCGAGCGGCGGCUCGUGGAGGGACAUGGAGCGGAUGUACGUGAAGAAGACCAUGAUCCAGGACGACCUGAGCCGAGGACGCAACAACGCUGACAGCCUGCUGGCCAGCAAGCCGGCCAACCUCGACGCCGCCCUGGCUCUGCUGCGGAAAGAGAUGGUGGGCUUACGUCAACAGGACAUGUCCCUGCUGUGUCAGCUAUGGUCGCUGCACGAGUCCAUCCAGGAGUACAAGGGCAGCUGCCAGGACUUGAGCGCCGCCUCCGGCCUCGGCAUGAUGGAGAACGGCUACUUCGACGAGGACGACGAGUACUACGCCGAGCCGGGCGCCACGCCCACCGACGAGCACCCGGACGGCAACGGCAUGGCGGGGGUAGGCACCAGCGACGGCGGGGUCAGCAAAGACGACAGCUGGGAGUCCUUCCGGGUCACCAUCUGAGGCCUCCUUCGUCUGGUAUUUUCUUACAUUUGCACCGGGAAUGUAAUGCCCAAGCCUCAUUUCGGCGCCCCCUGUGGUCAAACUGUAAUGCUGCAAGGGGCCCAGCUUGGAGCUUCAUCGCACUCGAUGGAGUCGAAUCAAACUUGUUUACUUAUAAAAAAAGAGAAAAAAAAGAUUAGUAAUAUACUGUAUGUAUGUUAGAUGUGUUAUCUUAUUAUAAACAUAUGCCGGUUACUUACGCCAUCCGGCAGGGUUUACAUGUAAGUGUUUGGGCAAAGUUUUAUUAUUUAUUAUAUAUUAUAAAAAAACACAAUAUCUGCUCCAGGGAGUAUCGGGAAAGAUUUGCAGCCGAGAAGUAAUUUGUUAACCAAACCAAUCGCAAUGAUAUCAAGAGGGACGUCGGAGCGAUCAGACCAUUCGGCAAGCACAAAUUUGUAAAAGUGCUCGCAAGAAUGAAACAUUUUGCGUGUUCAUAGUUAACAUCUGAAUACAGGGUCAUUUUCUACGUCACGUUACGUGAAGCGACCUUACGUUAGCGACACCGUCGAUUCGUUGUCAUCAUUUGUGUCUAGACGUCAGAUGACCAAAGACAGUGCAGCGCUAGGCAAAAACAUAGCUAAUUUUGCAAAAAUCUCCAAGAAUGUCUCCACACCGUAGCGCACGGUUAGCUGUGCCUUUAGCUCAUGCUAAUAAUCGAUAUUAGCAGAGCUAAAAAAAAAAAAAUUACGUUACAGAUGCGCAAAAGUAAAUGUCCAUUUACUCAGUGGUUCAUUAGGUACACCCGAUCCAAUGCAAGUGUACAACCUAAUAAUCUUUAUCGGCAUCAUAUCAAAACCACUUUGUCGUAAUGUAUUAUUGAAUGUUUUUUUUGUCCUUUUGUGUCACCUGUGCAAACGUCUCAACAAAUCAUCGCAGUGAAAUCCUACAAACCAUGCACACGCUCAUUGGAUGUCUUCACUAGCAGUGCCUUUGCACACAUACAAAAUGCAACGACCGUUCAAAAUAACAUGAGAACGUUUGUAAUUCGACACCAGCAGCUUGAUGCUAACAUGUUAGCGCCAGCUCACAGCAAUACUUCGUUUCUCACCAUCGAUAGCUCAAGUAUGUUUGUCAGGUUGCAGAACAAGUCUUACAAUAAGUUAAACAUUUGCAUGUGUGUGCUAGUUAUUUUUUUUGGGGGGGGUUGUAAAGAAAAGCUACAAGUUUAUGCUAACAUCCAACUUUAGUAGCAUUCACAAGAGAUGCUCUUUCAAAAUCAGCCUGAAAUCAAAUGAAUCUUCCCGCUGCUAACACUAGCUAGCUUCCAGAUUGUAGCAUUUUUCAGGGGAAAAUGUCUUUCUUUUUUUCUUCUUCUGCUGUUUGUUGCGCAUUGUAAUUGCGACGUGGUGUCAUUCAUCUGUAAACAACCACACCGCUGCUGCUUUUCUGGCUGAGAUCAGUUUAAUAAAAGGAGUACAUAUGUUU